AUGGACAGCAAAUUCAAAACGGAUGAUCCUCAAGACCAGUCUAUGGUCUUCAAAUCGCAAAAGCUGCGCCGGACAACAGCAGCGCCUGUAUCUCCCAAAAAACGUCGCCAGAAAAAAAAACGCACCGAGCACAAACAGCUCACUGACUACUACCCUAACAAAAGACUAAAGGCCGAAGUCUGGUUAAAGAACUUUAACGGAGAAUUUCCUUUGUUGAACAACUUAUCAGAACCACCAAUGGUUAUUGUCGCGGUAGACAUUGCCUUUGGAAUGUUUACAGCUUUCUACCUCAAUAGGUUUGGUCUUAAGCAAGAGGCAAACGUCUUUCCUAUUCUCAAGGCCUUGGGACAAGUCAAAGACCCAAAGGAACCCCAGCUCAGCAACACCGAGAAACUAUUUGCUGAAGAAAUUCGAUAA